GGUUGGUUCUUGUUGGGCUCAAGCAAGUGGGUUGGCCGUGAUUCUCAGACCUGCCGAAAGAAAGAAGAAAGCCGCCUUCUGCUACUCUGAUCGACCGAGACCGACACACGCUUGAACAAAUUUAAAAAAAAGAGCCUCAAGUACACACAAAACAGAAGUUGACUUCGACUGUCUUUAAUUUUCUUGGAAUGCCAUGAUUUUUUCGGACGCAAUCCUCUUCGCUUUUGGUCUCAUUGAUGUGGGAGCCGUUUUGUUCCUGCUCAUCUAUUUUAUCAUCACGCUCUCUGAUUUGGAAUGUGAUUACCUGAACGCGCAACAAUGCUGCUCAAAAUUGAAUUUUUGGGUUGUUCCAAAGAUUGCGGCGCAAGGAGUUUUCAAUCUCUUCCUUUUAAUGCAUGGCCGGUGGUUGCUCUGCUUCAUUAAUCUACCCAUGACUGCCUGGCUUAUUUACGAGCUUGUGACUGUGCCUAUGGGCAACACAGGGGUUUACGACCCUACUGAAAUCCAUAACAGAGGCCAACUCAAGAAACACAUGAGAGAUUGCAUGGUUUAUCUAGGUUUCUAUUUAGUAAUAUUCUUCAUUUAUUUAUACUGUAUGAUAAUCUCAAUCCUCCAAGGCAAUCCAAUUAAGGGUCAUGAUGAAUACGCGACUGAAUUCUAAAGUGUAGUUAAAUAAGGAUAAUUAACAAAUAAAUUUGUAAUUUAUUAAAAA